AUGGACAACUGUAAAGCAACCGGAUACUCCGAGGGUUUGGUGUGCGAAAGCGUGUAUGAAAGCAUAAAAAACGGGGAGUACGAGGAGAGAAUACCCUGCCGGGUGGUGGAAGUCCAGAAGGACCAGAUAAAAAGCAUGCUGAAAACAGAAAAAGAGCUUCUAAACAUGGAAAGAGUUCCCAGAGUGGUGAAUUCCAGCAUGUUUGUGCGGUGCAACAGAAAAAGAGGAGUGCAUAUAGAGCUGGAGUCUCCGUGCAAGAAGCCCCAUGGGACGUGGAUUAUCCUAGGCGCGAGCAGCGAAAAGGGGCAGGCGUGCACGCUUGUUUUGGGGUACGAGUACUUCACACACAGCGAGCUGCUCAAGAGGGCAGGCAUUCAGGAAAGCGAGUACCAGUCAAGCUACAACCGGGUAGGCAGCAUCAUCCACUUGAACCUAAAGGAGGACUCGCUGAAACACAAAGAAAUAAUAGCUGCAACACUGCUCAACAAGAUAAAGGACUGCAGCACUGUCAUCCGGAAGAAGUCGAACAUACAGAAUGUUUUUCGAAACAUAGACAUAGAGCAUCUUCAAGGGGCGCCAAACUACAAAACAGUGCACAAGGAAAACGGCCUUAGAUUCAGCAUAGACUACGAUAAGGUGUACUGGAACUCUAAGCUGCAAAAGGAAAGAGAGGUUUUGGGGGGCAAAAUCCACAAAGGCCAAACAGUGUGUGACAUGUUCUGCGGGGUGGGCCCGUUUUCGAUUCUUGCGCUAAGCAAGGGCGCAUGCGUGUGGGCAAACGACCUGAACCCGGCAAGCAUUAAGAACUUCCAGGAAAGUGUUCUUCUGAACAGAAAAGUGCUGGGGAUAGACAAUCUGGAAAGCAAGGAGUGGAACCACGGGCUAGAGGGCCGGGUGCGUCUUUACAACCUGGAUGCAGAGGAAUUUUUGUUGAAAGCAACACACGAGAGGGCUGAAGCCCAUGCCAGCGGAAGAUUCAACCAUUACAUACUGAACCUGCCCGAGCUAACGCUUCAGUUUGUGAAGCACUUCGUGGAGCUAGAAAAAACAACAGCUCCAAUAAGCAACGAAGAGUCUGAAGUGCAUGCGUAUUUUUUCAUAAAAACAGGCGAGUCCGCCCGGCAGAAAAUAGAGGAGGUGCUUGGCAGGAGGAUAGAGGGCACAGAAAGAUUUGUCAGAAAAGUGUCGCCAAACAAAGACAUGUGGGUUGUUUCGUUUUUGCUAAUAUAA